GGAGAUACAGCCAGCAUUUUUCGUUCACAUGGCAGCAGCAAACUCGAGUCCACCUGGCUCUUUGGAUCUAAACCAGCCGGGAUUUGCCAAGGAGAUCCUGGGAACUAAGCUGGAGGUCAAAUACCUCUGCUCUGAUUGCAAGAAUAUACUGAGGAGGCCGUUUCAAGCUCAGUGCGGGCAUCGCUACUGCUCCUAUUGUCUGAAGAAAAUCAUCAGUGCUGGACCUCAGAAGUGUGCCAGCUGUAUUCAGGAAGGGAUAUACGAAGAAGGAAUUUCCAUUUUGGAAAUCAGCUCGGCUUUCCCAGACAACGCAGCUCGAAGGGAGGUGGAAAGUCUCCCCGCUGUCUGCAUUAACAGCGGCUGCACGUGGAAGGGGACUAUUAAGGAAUACGAGGCUCACGACGAGGUCUGCCCUGAGUUCCCGCUGACUUGCGAAGGCUGUGGGAGGAAGAUCCCGAGGGAGAAGUUCCGGGACCACGUGAAGAGCUGUGGCAGAUCUAAAGUGCCUUGCAGAUUUGAGGUUGUUGGAUGCACCGAGGUGGUGGAGAAUGAAAAGCUGCCAGAACACGAAAGCAAGUGUUUGGCGGAGCAUCUCUACAUGCUGCUGAGUUUCGUCCUCAGCCUCAAGGCUGGGUCUGGAGACCUCAAGCCUCUUCGUGCCCUUUCCUCAUCGCAAAGCAGCUCCCCGCUGCUGGCAGAAAACUCUCUGUGCUCAGAGUCGGAGCUCUCCAGGUCCCUGGAGCUCUUGGGGAGAUGCGAGGCCCUGGAGAGGAAAACGGUGACCUUUGAGAACAUCGUCUGCGUGCUCAAUCGGGAGGUGGAGAGGGUGUCUCUGACAGCCGAAGCCUACAGUCGGCAGCACCGACUAGACCAGGAGAAGAUCGAAACGCUGAGUAACAAGGUCCGGCAGCUGGAGAGGAGCAUUGGGCUCAAAGACCUGGCCAUGGCCGAGAUGGAGGAGAAGAUCCGCAGCAUGGAGGCUUCCACCUACGAUGGUGUUUUCAUCUGGAAGAUAACGGAGUUUGCCAGGAAGCGUCAGGAGGCCAUAACGGGCCGCUCUCCUGCCAUCUUCUCUCCAG